AUGAUUCGAGUGCGAAAAAAUCUAAAGCGCUUCACACCGCUGCCCCUGACAGUUUCAAGAAAGCCUAAAAAUAUGAAACCGAAGUUCCGGGAAACUCUGUUCGGAGAUAUAAAAUAUCCGAUUGACGUACGCAGUUUAACUGAUUGUAAUGUCGCGUACUUUGCACAGUCAGAAAUGGAAUGGAGUCAGCAAAAAACCAGGGUUAUCCCCUCUCCAAGGACUCCAACAGAGGAAGAGGUGCUGAAGAUAUACGAAGAUGUGUCCACACUGGGAGACAUAGAGCGGCAUCUGAAUAUAGUGUACAAACCCUUUAGUUGCUUCGCCACGACCCCGUGCGAGUUUAAUCUCCCGAAACUAAAGAGCCUUAUGGACUAUGCCAUAUUUGAGCCUGAUAAACAACUAUCAGUGACUAUCCAACGCUUUGCCCCGAUCUGCAGCCUAAAGAUCUAUCCGAAUGGUAACGUGUAUUGCCAGGCUUACAGUCAAGAAGGCACCAGAACGGGUCUUGUGAAGAUUAGGCAAGAGUUGAAUGGGCUAGGCUAUAACUUUCGCUUUCGCCGGCUGACAUUCAAUGUGGUCAACGCCACCUUCUGUGUGCCCUUCCACCUGAAUCUCAUGCAGUUCCACCUGCAAGAUCCGGUGGCCACCGACUACGAUCCCCUGAGGCAGCCCUUUCUGACCUACAAGAUGAGGGGAACCAUGGUCAAACUGGCCAUCUUCCCCACGGGCUAUGUAUUCGUCUUGUUUGCCACCACGCGAGGAUUUAUUAAGCUGGCCAUAGCCCGCAUUCUGCCCCUUCUCUACGGUUUGAAGGACGAAGAUCAGGAUCAAAGCAAAUUGGGCCUGAGCUGCGGCGAUAUCGACUACAAAGUGCUGUGGGAGAAGUAUUUCCAGGACUCGGACGACCUUUUAAAUGAUUGCUGGGCCUUGAAGCGCGAGAGCUCUGGGAAAUUUAUGCUGAUCAUUCAUAAUGUCAAAGACGCGCCAAAGGAUACGGGGCCUUGGGUACCAGGUUCCAGGACCUCGGACUAG